UACCCCACCACUCACUCCCACCACCUCUAUCAUCGGUUUCCUCUCGCGUCGUCUCCAUCCCCUCUUCCCUCCUCCUCUCCAAAACCCUAGCGCACACCUCGAUCCAACACCCAUUCUCAAUCUCCAUGAGCGGGGAUGGAGAACUAGCGCUCCGAUCGAGCUCCGCGGCGUCCGUGAAUGGCGGGAGAUAGUUGAUGCUUCGAACUCCGCGGGUCCGCUUCUAGGGUUUGUGGAUGUCCGUGGCGGAGCUCAAGGAGCGGCACGCCGCCGCGACCGCGACGGUGAAUGAUCUCAGGGAGCGUCUGAAGCAGAAGAGGCAGCUUCUUCUCGACACCGAUGUUGCGAGCUACGCUCUUAGCCAUGGGCGGACCCCGAUUAGCUUUAGCUCGACGGAUCUGGUUUGUUGCAGGACAUUGCGGGGUCACACAGGGAAGGUGUAUUCAUUGGAUUGGACUCCUGAAAGGAAUCGUAUAGUCAGUGCCUCACAAGAUGGGAGAUUAAUUGUUUGGAACGCCCUAACAAGCCAGAAAACACAUGCCAUAAAGUUACAUUGUGCAUGGGUGAUGACGUGCGCCUUUGCCCCCAGUGGGCAAUCAGUGGCAUGUGGCGGUCUUGACAGUGCAUGCUCUAUCUUCAAUCUGAAUUCACAAGUUGACAGAGAUGGUAACAUCCCAAUAUCGAGAAUACUUACUGGGCACAAAGGCUACGUUUCAUCCUGUCAAUAUGUUCCGGAUCAGGAAACUCGGUUGAUUACUAGCUCAGGUGAUCAGACUUGUGUUCUAUGGGAUAUCACAACCGGGCAGAGGAUAUCUGUAUUUGGAGGUGAUUUUCCAUCAGGGCACACUGCUGAUGUAUUAAGUCUCUCGAUCAACUCUGCAAAUUCAAAUAUGUUUGUCUCUGGUUCAUGCGAUGCAACCGCUCGCCUGUGGGAUAUCCGAAUCGCCAGCAGGGCUGUUCGAACAUAUCACGGCCAUGAGGGUGAUGUUAAUACUGUCAAAUUCUUCCCUGAUGGCCAAAGAUUCGGCACUGGCUCUGAUGAUACUACAUGUAGGUUAUUUGACAUGAGGACAGGGCAUCAGCUUCAAGUGUACAGUCGGCCUCAUGAAAAUAAUGAUAAUGAUGUCCCUACCGUCACUUCUAUUGCUUUCUCAAUAUCAGGUAGACUUCUUUUUGCGGGAUACUCCAAUGGCGAUUGUUAUGUGUGGGAUACACUAGUGGCUGAGGUAGCUUUUAAUUUAGGAACUCUGCAGAAUUCUCAUGAAGGCAGGAUAAGCUGCCUAGGUUUGUCUUCUGAUGGAAGUGCCUUGUGCACUGGAAGCUGGGACAAAAACCUAAGGAUUUGGGCUUUUGGAGGGCAUAGGAUGGUGAUAUAGCAUGUUGAUGGUGUUUUAUGGUGGAUUUAAAUUCUGUGUGCAGCUUGGUAUCCUUUUCCGCUGCGAGUUUUCUUACAAUUGAGUCGGAAAUCAAGAAAUUAAUAUGGCUGUGGAGCUCAAGCACAAGCAACCUUUUAUACCGAAUCUAUUGCGUCCUGAUGAGAGAGAUUGCAUGAGAAAUGAGAAAAUUGGUGCCUCGAAAUGUUCAUUGUCAAUCCGCACUCUCUGUAUCAUUCUACUUCUGUAAUUUUUCUCUAUUUCAUCAACCCUUGAUACAACUUGAAGAAUUAUAAAACUUUCCUGGUUUUAGGCUAGAGCGUCACCUGUUUGCUAAAACUCUCUGUUUGUUCCAUAAUUAUAUUUGCUUGGUUCAAGUUUUAAGUGUUA